AUGAAGAUCCUUUUGGAUACGAAGGGCCGGAAAUUGUUCGCGCUAAAGGGAAAAAAUGUAACUGUAAAACUUGUUAAGAAGGUUCAAAAACGCAAAAGUGGAGGUGCUAAAAGAACGGUAACAAAAAGUGUUCGGGAAGACUCUUUUUUCAAUUUCUUCGAUCCUCCUGCAGAAACUCUUUCCGAUGACUUGGAUGAAGAUACCGAAAUGCUUUUAGAGUCUGACUUCAAGCUUGGUCAGUUUUUAAGGGAAAGUGUUAUUCCGAAAGCUGUACUCUACUUCACUGGUGAGGCAGUUGAUUCCGAGUUUGAUGAUGAUGAUGAGGACGAUGAUGAUGAUGACGACUUAGAUGAUGAAGAUUUAAGUGAUGAAGAUGAAGACGAUAAGGAUGAAGAAGUAAGUCACUUCAAUAUCUCACUGUAUUAAUCAUUCAUCUCAACCUUCUAACAUAUAUCUUCAAGUUAGUGUGCUACUUUUACUCGAUAAUUAAUGACCCAGUGUAUGUACAGAUUGCUAACUUUUACACCCACCACUUCAUCACUACUUUAGAAAUUCAUAUAUUAUCUAGUUCGUUUUUCAUUAAUUACCUUUCAGCAUGAAAAAGAGAACUCUCAUGUAAGUUUGUCAUCUUGAUGUAAUUUAUCAUCAUAAUCUUUG